UGCAUGCUAUCCAGCACUUCCCUCCAAUUCUUUUUUACCCUCGUCGUGCGCAACGAAACGGAUCUGAACUGAACCUCCACAAAGUCUUUAAACAUUUCGAUGCGAAUCUGCACCCGUACCACUUGCAGCAUAGAAAAUCCAUGGCCAUGGCCGCCGCGAACGUGGAGAAGACUCUAAAAUAAACGUGAAAGUCCAGGCAUAUGCAUUCGGGCUCUCCUUCAUUACAUCUGAACGGGUGCAGAGCGCGCAGCGAAGCAAUGCUGCAGCUGCUUGCCACAACAUCAACGCCCCUUUCCCCUGUCAAGAUGAGGCCGGCGGCGGCGGCAAUGGCGACGAAGAGCGAGUACCGGAGGAUGGAGGCGGAGGAGGAGGAGGAGCUGGACAAGGAGGAGUGGGCGCGCAGGGCGGAGGCGCAGCGCCGCAGGCGUCGGAGCGGCGGGAGAUACGUCUUCACCUGCGCGCUCUUCGCGUCGCUCAACGCCAUCCUCCUCGGUUACGAUGUUGGUGUAAUGAGUGGCGCAAUAAUCUACAUUCAGAAAGAUCUUCACAUUACCGAAUUUCAGGAAGAAAUCCUAGUUGGUUGCUUGAGUGUGGUUUCACUCUUGGGAAGUCUGUCAGGAGGAAGAACAUCUGAUGCAAUUGGCAGGAAAUGGACAAUGGCUCUUGGUGCAAUUGUCUUCCAGGCUGGUGCAGCCAUAAUGACGUUCGCCCCUUCAUUCACCGUGCUCAUGAUCGGGAGGCUCCUUGCUGGUGUGGGCAUUGGCUUUGGUGCCAUGGUAUCUGCAGUCUAUAUCGCUGAGAUAUCCCCUGCAGCUGCCCGUGGGACUCUCACAUCCCUCCCUGAGAUCUGUAUCAAUUUAGGGAUCCUCCUUGGUUAUGUUUCCAACUAUGCUUUCUCGGGCCUUUCAGAGCAUAUCAAUUGGAGGAUUAUGCUUGGUGUUGGUAUCCUCCCAUCUGUCUUCAUUGGAUUUGCACUUUUUGUGAUCCCAGAAUCACCCAGGUGGUUGAUGAUGGAAAAGAGAGUUCCAGAAGCCAGGGCAGUAUUGCUGCAGAUAAGUGAGUCUGAAGCUGAGGUUGAAGAAAGGAUUGCUGAGAUUGAGGAAGCUGCAAAUCUUCUUAAAUCGACGAAAUCCGAGGACAAGGCAGUGUGGAUGGAGCUGUUGAACCCUUCUCCUGCUGUUCGUCGGAUGCUAUAUGCUGGCUGUGGUAUCCAAAUGUUCCAGCAGAUCACGGGUAUUGAUGCUACUGUCUAUUACAGCCCAACUAUUUUCAGAGAUGCCGGGAUCAAGUCUGAUCAGGAGCUUCUUGCAGCCACAGUGGCUGUUGGUUUUACUAAGACAGUGUUCAUAUUGGUUGCAAUUUUCCUCAUUGAUAAAGUUGGACGCAAACCGCUUCUUUAUGUUAGCACCAUUGGAAUGACUAUGUGCUUAUUUGUCUUGGGGAUUGCACUCACAUUGCAAAAGCAUGCCAUGGGACUUAUUUCUCCAAGAAUUGGGAUUGACCUAGCAGUUUUUGCAGUUUGUGGAAAUGUGGCUUUCUUUUCAAUUGGCAUGGGUCCAAUAUGUUGGGUCUUGUCUUCAGAGAUAUUUCCUUUGAGAUUACGAGCUCAAGCAUCGGCACUAGGUCAAGUAGGUGGUAGAGUGAGCAGUGGUUUGGUUUCCAUGUCAUUUCUUUCCAUGGCCCGUAUUAUAUCAGUGGCAGGAAUGUUCUUUGUCUUUGCGGUUAUCUCGACUGUCUCUGUGGCCUUUGUGUAUUUCUGCGUGCCAGAAACGAAAGGGAAAACUCUGGAGCAGAUUGAGAUGAUGUUUGAAGGUGGGAAAGAAUGGAGAGGGAGUGAGAUAGAGCUUGAGGAUACACAACAUUUAAUACAGAGCAGCAAGAAGUCUGUGUCUCUAGGCUGACACUAUUAGAAACAAUAAAUUCGAAAUCAUUCGAUGUUCAAUGAUGAACCAUACUUAUCCUGCUUCCAUCGCCUACGGGAUUCUGAAAUUCAGGUCUGCAAAAUGAUCAGGCUGCCUUGGACUGCUACGGAUUUUGAGGGCUUAACACGAGUAUAUUAGGUGUAGGCGCAAAACAGCAUGUAAAUGUCUGCUUUACACAACUACAUCCCAAAAUGUUACCUGGGAGGACACAGAUGAUGUUGUAUAUGGCGGUAUCUUCCACCUACCAAAAAAUAUAGUUGUUGAAGUUCCUUAUUCCACAGUUUAAUUUUAAUAGAGGAAGAGGUGUGUGAUUUCCAACUGAAUGAAUUCUGUGUGAUUCUUGAUCCAGCUUUUUGAUUUAGUCCUUCAUGAUAUUGUAGUACUGUGGCUUUGUUGGUCUAGUAUAAAACCUUCAAGACCAUGCCAUGUCUAUAGCUUUGCAUUGACGUGCAGAGUUCUGUAAAUACCAGAUUUGGAUGAUUCAUUCUGUCAAAUUAAUUAUUUACUGAAA